AUGUCGGCGGUCCUUUCCCGGUUAGACGACCUCAAUUCCACCGCCUCCGUCCUCCCGGACCUCCUCCCGCUUUUCUUCCCGUCUUCCCGGGAUGACCUUUUCCGACACCUGGCCCAGCACGCCACCGGCCUCAUCGACACGGCGUCGCCGAAUUUUAUUGCUAUUUUAAACAGCACCGCUCAAAUCCGUGACAGCCUGACGGCGUACACUGUCGCCCGACCACCACAACGGGCGGCGGUGCUAACCUCCGUCGUUUCCGGCUGCGAGGACGCUUAUGCCGAGAUUCUGGACAGUUUGGAAGUCAAUCAGACGUUCCUUUUGGGUGUCCCGCUGGCCUUUCUCCAUGUGGCGGCGUUACGUGAAAAACUAAUCCAGGGCAGCGCGGUGGUGACGGCCGACAGCCAGAGGAAUAUUUCCGUCUGGUUGGCCACAAUUUCGCAGCUAAAAAUAGAACGCUGGGUGCAAACCACCCUCCUCCAGGACAUCUGCCACGCCCUCCUCACCGACACCCUCCAGCAGCGUCACCUCCUCAACCUCCAACAGGAAGACUGCUCGGACCCGGACUGGAUGGACAGCCAACUGGAGCAGAAACAGCAGCAGCACUUCAACCGACUGCACUUCCGGAUGCUGACUAUCCUCUCUAACCUCUUCGUCCUGCACCGUCUCCUCCCGGGCUCCGAGACCCUCCCGCCCUAUUCCGGCAACUUCCCCACGGCGGUGACCUUUCACCCGUUCGAGUCGCCGCCCAAUCCGGUCAAGAAGAACAACACGCUGAGCAUCAACAACUUCCGGUUGGCGUUGACAAUGUCCGGAGCGUCGCCGGGGAUGCCGGCGCCGUUGCGGAGCGGGUUGAUGCUGAUAAAAGGGAGCCCGGUGUUCGGGUUAACACACCGGAAGAAAGACUUUGCUGGGUCCGGAGCGGUCAGCCACUGGAAGGAUGUCCUCGGUUAUGACGUUCCUCUUCCGGUGACACCGUCGCCCAUUGCAAAGAACGUCACCAAGGUCACCACAACCCCCGGAAAGGUCACCCGGAGGUGGUCGACGGUCACGACUACAACAGAGCCGACGACGACAGUCAGCCUGAACCCGUACGGACCCUGGGUGGUCCCGGCGUUUGUCACCCGAACGCCGGCAGCCCCGGUAACCACCGCUUUGGCGUCGGCGACCUCCCCAACUGUCCGCCGUGCUGUUGUCCGUCACGGGCAGUUUAACCUGCCGGAUACGAUUGCCAUCACGGCCGACACGCGUCGGCAGCGCGACCGGAUCUUGGAGAAGGAGAUCAAACCGAUCUGGGCCAAUGUCUUCGGUCGCGACGUGGCCGCCGGCUUCGGGAUCUCCGUCACUGGCGACAGCCCCUUCGACCCCGCCACCACCCCCGAAGGCCAACAGCUGCGGCGGGUGGCCUACACCGUGGACGGGACCUCCACCGUCGACCUCAACUUCGACGUAGCCGCCGGCGCCUUCCACCGGCUGGCGCUGCUGGCCGGCCUUCCGAACCUAUGGGGGGUGCUGGACAUCAACGGCACCUGGGUCCCCAACACUCGGCGCCCUGUCUACACCGCUCCGCCGUCUACCUCCACCGCGGAACCCUACUACCGGCGCCCGACCACCACCGAGGCCGCGACGACCCCGGAGACCGUCGGAGGGACCAGCGAGCGGCCGCUGGUGAGUCUGGAGGACGUGGUGGUGGUCCGCGCCGACACCCGGCAACAGCGGGACCGCGUCCUAGAGGAGGAGAUCCGGCCGGUGUGGCAGGGCGUCCUCGGGGCGGACGUCGGGGAUUUUGAGCUGCAGGUGCAGAACGACACGCCCUACACGCCGGCCCGGGAUAAGAAGGGGGUGGUGCUACGGCAGGUCACCUACCGGCUUAACGGAAUUGCCGCGUCCACUUCCGCGUUCGAGCAGCUGGACGGGAACGCGCUGCUGGACAGCUUCCACCAGCAGGCCAAGGCGAGCGGUCUCCAGCAUUUGUACGCUAUCGGCGCUCGCGGUUUUAAAUGCUGUCGACUGGUCUAGUUUUUCUUUUACUACAAAUGAUUUGGCUCUAUAUGAAAACUGCUGUUGUAUGUUCAAUGAACUAUGUCCAACAAAGGUCACUUUAUAUAUGUACGUUUGAUAAAAGUCACUUUAUAUAUGUACGUUUGAUAAAGGUCACUUUAUAUAUGCAUGUCUGACAAAGGUCACCUUAUAUAUGUACGUUUGAUAAAGGUCACUUUAUAUACGUACGUUUGAUAAAAGUCACUUUAUAUAUGUAUGUCGGACAAAGGUCACUUUAUAUAUGU